AUGAGAACAGAUCUCGGUCCAAUCCAACCCAGUUAUGUGCCACCGAAUUGCCGGAUAGCGACCACCGAUGGGGAUGAGGGGUGGGCAUUCCGGCAAAGAUUUGAUCUCAUCCAUUCGCAUGUCCUGAACAACACGUCUCUGAGGAAUUGGCCCCAAUUUCACCGAGAAGCACUUGCCUCGCUAACACUGGGCGGCUGGGUCGAACCCCAAGAAUUCAGUUACAAGCGAUACUCGGACGACGGUUCACACCUCACCAACUCCCGUGUCGAAUAUUGGCAGGAUCUAUGGACCAAGGCAUAA